AGCGCUAGUUUAAAAAUGAGGGAUGCUGAACACAUGUGGUCAUACAGAAAUAUUACAAAGGAAAAGGAUUGCACAAAGGCAGAGACGAUGCACUGGACAAUGCUGCCGGAUCUGGAGACAAGAGGAGCGUUUGGAGAUUCAGCCACACAGGCUUGCUUAAAGCCAGAUAUUCGUGUGCCUUGUGAGGUGUCUGUGGAUGAUGUGCUAGUGAACUCUUCAGCUGGAAUUGUUGAAGACCACAGUGUCAUAAAAACUAAAGAGACUGAGACCGACGAAUUUCAGAAAGAGAUGUUCAUGUUCAAAGCGCCAGCCUCUCCGCCUCCUACCUCUGGCCUAUGGACUACACAGAGGGAUGGAGAGGUCAAAUUGAGGAUGGAUGAACAUGGCAUUGGCAGUGAAACACCAAAGACUGUUCACGAGCUAUUCCAGGAAUCGGUUAAAAACUAUGGCGACUAUUUUGCUCUUGCAUCAAAGAAGAAUGACAAGUGGAUCAAGUUCACUUAUAAGCAAUACUAUACUGAAUGUCGGAAGGCAGCAAAAAGCUUUAUAAAGUUGGGCUUGGAGCGUUUCCAUGGUGUGGGCAUUCUGGGAUUUAAUUCUGCAGAGUGGUUCAUUGCAGACAUCGGCGCUAUCCUCGCAGGUGGCUUUGCUGUUGGCAUCUAUACUACAAACUCCCCUGAUGCCUGCCAGUAUGUAGCAGAGAACUGUGGGGCUAAUAUCCUGGUUGUGGAGAACCAGAAACAGCUGCAGAAAAUCCUAGAAGUUCAGCACAAACUCCCUCUUCUGAAAGCCAUUGUUGUGUAUAAUGAAGAGCUAAAGGAGAAAAGACCAAACCUCUACACUUGGAGUGAGUUUAUGAACAUUGGCAAUGAUGUUCCAGACACCCAGCUCGAUAAUAUUAUUGCCUCGCAGAAACCAAACCAAUGCUGUACGCUAAUAUAUACCUCAGGAACAACUGGGCAGCCAAAAGGAGUUAUGCUCAGUCAUGAUAAUAUAACAUGGACUGCAUUAGCAGCUGGGAAGUACGUGCAGUUGACAGAAGCUACAGUAAAGCAGGAAACGGUGAUCAGCUACCUUCCCCUCAGUCACGUUGCUGCUCAGAUGAUUGAUAUUUGGCUGCCAAUAAAAUUUGGUGCACAAACUUUCUUUGCUCAACCAGAUGCACUGAAGGGGACCUUAGUAGACACACUACGGGAAGUGAGACCAACUGCUUUUAUGGGCGUUCCACGCGUCUGGGAGAAAAUGGAAGAAAAAAUGAAAUCUGUGGGCUCAAAAUCCUCUAUGCUCAGAAGAAAAGUGGCAGCAUGGGCUAAAGAAGUAGGAUUACACACCAACCUGAAAAGGAUGAAGGGGUCUAAUGAACUCCCAGUGAACUUCCGUUUAGCCAAACAGCUGGUGUAUAAAAAAGUUCGCAAGGCUCUUGGACUGGAUCGCUGCACAAAAUGCUACACUGGGGCUGCUCCAAUUACUAAAGAGACUGUGGAGUUUUUCUUGAGUCUCAACAUUCCUGUGUAUGAGUUGUACGGCAUGAGUGAGAGCUCUGGGCCUCAUACGAUCUCUCUCCCACAUGCAUUCAGGAUCUCUAGCUGUGGAAAGGAGAUUACAGGCUGUAGGACAAUGAUUUACAAGCCGGAUAGUGACGGCAAUGGAGAGAUCUGUUUCUCAGGAAGGCAUGUCUUUAUGGGCUACUUGAACAUGGAAGACAAAACCAAAGAGGCAAUUGAUGAAGCAGGCUGGCUACACUCAGGUGAUCUUGGCAAACAUGAUAAGGAUGGAUUCCUCUUCAUCACUGGAAGGAUUAAAGAGCUCAUCAUUACUGCUGGAGGUGAGAAUAUUCCUCCUGUUCCAGUUGAGGAUGCUGUGAAGGAGGCUAUUCCCAUAAUUAGUAAUGCUAUGUUGGUUGGAGACAAAGCAAAGUUCCUUUCUAUGCUGCUAACACUGAAGUGCAAAGCAAACGAAGAAACUGGGGAACCAGAGGAUGACCUCACUCCAGAAGCUAUAGAAUACUGUCUCAAACUAGGCAGCAAAGCAACAAAAGUCUCUGAGAUUGUAGGUGGCAAAGACAAAGCCAUUUAUGCAGCUAUCCAGAAGGGAAUUUCAUCAGUCAAUGAAAGAGCAGUUUCAAAUGCACAGAAGGUGCAGAAGUGGGUCAUUCUGGAAAAGGACUUCUCUAUCUCUGGUGGAGAGCUAGGGCCAACGCUGAAAUUAAAAAGACCUGUUGUAGCAAAGAUGUACAAAGACCAAAUUGACCGGUUCUACACCGAUGCAGAAACUCCAACCUCUACAGAAAAUUCUCUUCGACAGUAAACGUGGAACUCUUUUUGGGUCUCCUCAGGACAUCCCAUUCUCAACCUGCACGCAUGGGCCUCUCAAAUGAAGGAUGAAAUAAAACCAGACUCAGUUAUGACGCAA